AUGUCUCGUUCACCUGCAGCUUCACACUCACGCUCACCCUCGACCCAAGCUGAGGCAGGUCCAUCACGCCAAACUCGAAACACCUCUCGAACGAUAACGGUUGAUGACGGGAUCCCGCCUUCAGAUGUAGACCAAGAUCUGGACGAGCUAAACUCAAAGUCGGGUCAAUCGUCGCCUCAUCAUGAUAUUGUAUCGUCCGACCCUCUGGCAUUCAGCGAGGGAGGUAGUUCGAUAAUUAUCAAGAAGGAUUUACCUAAUCACAUAGAAGGACAUGAGGAUGAAUGUGAAUAUGAAUAUGGAAGGACUGAGAAAUUGUUGAAUGAAAGUAGACAUGCAAAAAGGGAAGGAUCAAAGAAACUUGUAUCCCACUCACGAGAGGGGUCGUUAUUCACUUCGAAACCAUUGUGCGGACGUGAUGACGAGAAUGAACGAUCGAAGAUCUCAGUAAAGUCGAUAUCUCGUCAUCAAUCCAAAGGUUCAUCAAUCAUCCAUCUCCCUAGCACUAACACUCGCAAGAAAAGAAACAGAUCGCCUUCCAAGGUGAAUGAUCAUAAUAAACCUAUCAUCAUCGACUCUGAUUCGGAUCUAGUAUCAAACUCUCACAGGAGAAGACCUAUUGUAGACAUACCUUUGAUGCCUUUGAACGACAUUCGAACGUAUCUACACCUCAGGAGAGAUACUGAAAACCCUACUGAGAGAAGUAGAAGGAAGUUACCUGGUCUGAUCUCCGAGUCGGAAUUUCGCUCUUCAAGUGAAGGUUCUUCUGUCGUGAUCAUCAACGAGAAGAGGCGUAGAGAGUCUUCUGUCUCAUAUGGAUAUGAAGAUGGAGAUGGGGAUGGAGACGGAGAGAUGAGCGAAGAUGAAUCCGAUAUGGGGAGCGACGAGAUCGCGUUAAGAAGGAGUGGAAGAUCCGGAAUGAAGAAUGGCAGAAGAGGGUCAUAUGAAGAUGAUGGUGAUAGUGAAAUUGCUGAAAGGACCAGAGCCAGACGACCGAUUGUGAGUUUCUGA